AUGAACAUUGAAUUGUUGAAGCUUUUUAAUUAUUCUGCUAUUCGACGCUCUAGUCAAGCAAUUAUUACAAAUCGAAUCUUUCCCUUGUUUUCCCAAGUAAUAAACACUAAUAAUUAUACCACCACCACUAUCACUGAGGUUGAAAUGGAGAUAGCUGCAAACAUGAAUGUAGAAGACUACAAUGUUAUCACCGAGGGAAAGGCUAGCAUACUUUUCCCAAAAAACAAUGAAGUUUUUUAUAACAAUGUGCAACAAUUUAAUCGAGAUAUGUCAAUCGCGGCAAUUAGAACAUGGAAUGAAAUAAUUUCCGAAGAAAAAGAAACCAAGCUACGAAAAAAAGAAAAAAAGGGAAAUAACUCAAGUGUAGAAAGUCAAUCUGAUUCAAAGAACUUUUAUAAAUUUACAAUUCUAGAAGCAUUGUCAGCAAGUGGAUUAAGAUCUAUACGUUACGCAAAAGAAAUACCAAAUAUUCAAUAUAUUAUUGCUAAUGAUUUAGAAUUAGAUGCUGUGAAUUCCAUCAUUAGGAAUGUAGAAUAUAAUAAUGUAGAUAAAGAUUUGGUGAGAGCUAAUCAGGAUGAUGCAUGCGCAGUUUUGUAUCAACAUAGAAGUCAUUCAAAUCGAUUUGACGUUAUUGAUAUUGAUCCGUAUGGAACAGCCGCUCCUUUUUUAGAUGGUGCGGUUCAGGCUGUUCAAAACGGAGGUUUACUCUGUAUUACUUGUACUGAUUUGGCAAUUCUUACUGGUUCUAAUUAUCCUGAAAAAUGUUAUGCUAAUUAUGGAUCAAUUCCUAUCAGGGGAGAGCAUUGUCAUGAAAUGGCACUUCGUAUUUUGAUUAAUACAAUUGCAACAUCUGCUGCAAGAUAUCAUCGUCAAAUAGUUCCUGUGUUAUCAUGUAGUAUUGAUUUUUAUAUUAGAGUUUUUAUUAGAGUUUUUAGUUCACCUCUUGAAGUAGGAGGUCCUAUAUGGAAUCAUUCCAUUCAUGAUAAAGAUUUCGUUCUUAAAAUGUUGGAUCAUGUAAAAUCAUCCAACGAAGAGACUUACAAAACACAUGCAAGAAUGUUGGGAAUGUUGACAGAAUUGGAUAGUCCGCUUUAUCAUAGCAUACCGGUGCUUUCUGGAGUAAUUCAUUGCAUUAGUCCACCUUUGAAAACUGUUUGUUCUGGAAUUUUGAAUAAAGGAUACAAAGUUUCUGCAUCACAUGCAGCUGCAAACGCAAUAAAAACCGACGCACCAAUGAGUCUGAUUUGGGAUGUCAUGAAAUCAUGGGUAAAAUUAAAUCCUGUCACGGCAAAAAAUAUUGCAGAAAAUUCACCAUCUAAAAAGAUUUUAUCUGUUGAACCAAGUUUUAUUGCAGAUUUUAAUACUCAUAAAGAUGUAGAACCUCCCUCAAGAAAAAUCAAAUUAGUUAGAUAUCAACAAAACCCAGAAAAAAAUUGGGGACCAAAACCAAGAGCUUUGGGAAAAAGAAAAAUUAAUGAUGUAACCAAAAAUGACAAUGAAAAUAAUUCAACAAAAAAACUUAAUCUUGAAGUUGAAACAUCAUCAUCAACCAUAAAAGAUGAAAAUGUUUGA